AUGGCGGCAUCGAAUAAUAGAUUAAUAUUUGUCACUGGAAAUAAAAAAAAACUUGAAGAAGUUCAAGCAAUUAUUGGAAAAAGCAUUGAUUUAUCAAGUCACAAACUUGACUUGACAGAAAUACAAGGCACGUCACAAGAAGUAUCCAAGGACAAAUUCAUCACUGAAGAUACUUGUUUGUGUUUUAAUGCACUAGAAGGACUUCCAGGUCCAUACAUUAAAUGGUUUUUAGAAAAGUUGGGACAUGAUGGAUUGAAUAAAAUGUUAUCAGGAUUUGAGGAUAAAUCAGCAUAUGCUUUAUGUACUUUUGCUUACUCGUCUGGUCAAAACGAUGAACCAAUAUUAUUUGAAGGCAGAACCAAUGGGAAAAUAGUGGAAGCAAGAGGCCCAAAUAAUUUUGGAUGGGAUCCUAUCUUUCAACCUGAUGGGUUUGAUAAAACGUAA